CUUUGAGGUAAAAAAAUAUCUUCCUUUUCCACGCUUAGUCAAUCUCGCAAGUAGUCAGAUUCUUGAAUUAUCAGCAUAUUGUUUCGGAACAUUUAGUUGUUGCUUUCAAGAUCAGGGACAAAACUUAUCUGGGGGGAAACAAUUGUAAACCCUAGUUCUUUCGAUUUGGGGAAAAUAUUGGGGGAUUUGAGUCCGACCCAGAUGACAUGAGGGUUGGGAGGAGUUAAUUUUUGUUGAGAUUUGAUUGCCCAUGUAUGGAUCCGUCAUUGUCGACUUGGGUAAUCUUCAUAUUGGGGGUCUUCUUCUGUUUAUUUAGUCUUCCUGUGCAGUCGCAGGGAAAUGUGAAUUCCCCUAAUUUACAACCGCCGCCGCCGCCGCCGGAGUCUGAGAAAUCGCCGCCUCCACCCCCACCCCCACCACCUCCCCCUCCACCUCCGCCUCCCCCUCCCCCACCUUCACCAUUGGCUCCUCCACCUCCUCCACCCAAUCAAAGAGCCCCUCCGCCACCUCCUCCCAAGAUUAAAUCCUCAGAAAAGGAACAUUCACACCACCCUCAAGACCACCAUAAGUCUAAUGUUAAAUUAAGCCCACCACAAAAGGAAACGAAGCUAAAUUGGGGGAAGAGACUUGGGUUAAUGUUUGUGGGUAUUGCCGCGAUCUUGCAGAUCUGUGUGGUGGCGUUUUUAAUAAUCAAGAGAAGGCAAUUGUUGAAAGCGCAUUCUGGAUUUUGAAGACACAUUUCCAUUUGAUGAAUCUGUUGUUACUUCAAUUUCUUUGACUAAUUAUUAAUAGCUGGUGGAGCAUGUUUUUAUAUAGCUAGAGUUAUACAGAUUGAGAUUCUUUGAACAGCGGAUUUGGCAACGAAUAUGGCACUCCAUGGAUUACAAAAAUUAAGGAUUCAGCAGAAGAUUGGUGUCGACAUUUCUGUUUUUGCUCUUGUAAAUUGGUAAUUCUUGAUUGUGGCAUUAUUAGCAAUUUUCCUUUUGGGGUGAUUUUGUCCAUUUUCCUUCUGACAUUUUAUUGUGAAUAUUACAGUUUUCCUUAUGAUUCUGUGAAUGAUCUACGGCUAAUUGAUGUUUUCUAUUCUGUGCCAUUAUUUGGUAGUU